AUGUCUGACAAUGAGAGCAGCACUCAUGGUCCACCAGACCAAGGGGCUAGUUGUCUGCCCUGUAGCCCAGAGGAGUGCUUUCAAGUGGAAACCAGUGGCGAGAUAUCACCAAAUGUUGAAAUGAACUUGAUACUGACCAGCAAUGGCAGUGGUGCUGUCUCCCCUGGCCAUGCCGGCACGGAAAGCCAAAACAUUGGUGCCGAAAGAGCAACCGAGAAUGACUAUGAAAACCUGGAAGGCACUGUCCACUUCUACGUUGAUGAUGGAAAUUCUCUCAAUAUCCAAGCGGAAGAAGAGCAGCUCGAAGUAGGAGAUCUAGAGGAGGAGGCAGCCAAACAGCCUCAGGUACGUGAAGUGUGCGGUGAAACCAACCAAGGUCCGCAUUUCUCAGACGAUGAUCAGGCCCUGGAGGCCUGGAUGUCCUCAGGGACGUCUGAUCUGCCUCAGCCUCGCUGGCGAGUGCUUAAUGCGCUUAGAGAUCGGCAGCUGGGUUCGAGUGCCCGCUUUGUGUACGAGGCUUGUGGGGCGAGACUUUUUGUGCAACGUUUCCAACUGUUCUCUGAGCUUGAAAGCCAUAAGGGUUGUGUCAAUACUGUGCAUUUUAACCAGCGCGGCACCUGGCUGGUCAGUAGUAGUGACGACCUAAGAGUGAUCAUAUGGGACUGGGCGCGUAAGAGGCCAAUUUUGGACUUUGACAGUGGCCACAGAAAUAAUGUCUUUCAGGCUAAAUUCCUUCCUAAUAGUGGUGAUACCAUCCUGGCCAUGUGUGCACGUGACGGGCAGGUACGGGUCGCAGAGCUAUCUACUAUUCCUUACUGCAGGAGUGUUAAGCAAGUGGCCCAGCACAGGGGAGCCUCCCACAGGCUGGCUCUGGUGCCUGGCUCCCCAUUCACAUUUCUAACUUCAGGUAUAGAUGCGGUUGUCUUCACCAUUGAUCUCAGACAAGCCUGUCCAGCUUCAAAAAUAGUGGUAACAAAAGAGAAGGAGAAGAAAGUGGGACUCUAUACAAUCCAUGUGGAUCCUGCCAAUAGUUACCAGUUUGCAGUGGGUGGACGAGACCAGUUUGUAAGAAUUUAUGACCAGAGGAAAAUUAAUAAGAAAGAGAAUAAUGGAGUACUUAAGAAAUUUUGUCCUCUUCAUCUGGAUAAUUGUGAAUCUGAAGUAAACAUCACUAGCCUUGUCUACAACUAUGAUGGCACAGAGCUACUGGCUAGUUAUAAUGACGACAAUAUCUACCUCUUCAACUCCUCUGACUGUGAUGGAGCCCAGUAUGUUAAGAGAUACAGAGGACACAGAAAUAAUGUCACAGUCAAAGGCGUCAAUUUCUAUGGUCCCAAAAGUGAGUUUGUGGUGAGUGGCAGUGAUUGUGGGCACAUCUUCUUUUGGGAGAAAUCAUCCUGCCAGAUCGUUCAGUUCAUGCUCGGGGAUAGAGCAGGUACUGUAAACUGCCUUGAGCCCCAUCCUUACCUGCCUGUGAUGGCAACUAGUGGCCUAGACCAUAAUGUCAAGAUCUGGGCACCCACAGCUAAAGCUCCCACUGACCUUACUGGGUUGAAGAAUGUGAUUAAGAAGAACAAACAAGAACGAGAUGAAGAAAGAUUGCAACACGGUGACUUUUUUGACAAUCACAUGCUUUGGUUCUUCAUGCAACACCUGGCACAGGGAGAUCACGGCCUGUACUGGGGAGCUCCUAGCAGUGGAGUCACAGAUUCAGAUGAACCUCCCAGCAUCUCAGAUACAUCUGAGGAAGAAGGGGGCCAAGAUCGUGUGCAAUGCCUGCCAUCUUAA